ACCAAGUCAACAGCACGGAUAUUUCUGCUUCAGUUUUGCAUCAGUUUUGACCAGUCACUCCUCGUGGGAUGAGAUGAGGUGAAUAAUAUGGUGAUUGUUUAUUGUUGAAUGACACUGAGGAGACACUGAGAUGACACUGCACUAAUGAGUCCACCUGUGAGCCACUGAUUUUCUGCGGAAGAGCAACAUCAAACUGAUCUCCCACCUGUCUCCUCCACACUUCUUCAUCUCUCUACCUUGUCUCCAAGCCCUGGAAGCAUGUCGCAGGGUUUUGUGAACUUCUUUUUGGGGAGCAUUUCUCGGAGGAAACCCCUGGAACCUGAGGGGGAACAGUCCACCUUCAACAGAUGCCUGACCACCUUAGACCUGGUGGCCCUCGGUGUGGGCAGCACCCUUGGGGCCGGGGUCUAUGUUCUCUCUGGAGAGGUGGCAAGAGACACUGCUGGACCAAGCAUCAUCAUCUCCUUCUUCAUCGCAGCCCUGGCGUCCAUUUUUGCCGGAUUGUGCUAUGCAGAGUUUGGGUCUCGGGUUCCCAAAACCGGCUCAGCAUACCUUUACAGCUAUGUGACUGUUGGAGAGCUAUUGGCUUUUAUCACUGGCUGGAAUCUGUUACUCUCCUACGUCAUAGGGACAUCCAGUGUGGCUCUGGCAUGGAGUGGAACAUUUGAUGACCUCAUCGGGGGUGUCAUAUCGAAAUACUUUGAAGAACAUGCCGCCAUGGGCCUUCCCGGCCUGGCACCUUACCCAGAUGUCUUUGCUGCACUUCUCAUUUUACUACUGUCAGGUCUGCUAGCCUUUGGAGUCAAAGAGUCAACUACAAUCAACAAGGUCUUCACAGCCAUCAACAUCUUGGUCCUACUGUUCGUGGCCAUUUCUGGAUUUAUUAAAGGAGACCUCUCCAACUGGAACAUCAGUGAAGAAGCCCUGCUGAACUACACAGCAGAACUCCAGAACCUGUCCUCUUCUGCCAAUCUGACAACUGAGUAUGGAGUGGGUGGAUUUUUCCCCUAUGGUGUCGGUGGGACCCUGGCUGGAGCCGCUACAUGUUUUUAUGCUUUUGUUGGAUUUGACUGCAUUGCAACAACAGGUGAGGAGGUAAAAAAUCCUCAGAAGUCUGUCCCCCUGGGUAUUGUGGCCUCCCUCCUCAUCUGUUUCGUGGCUUACUUCGCUGUGUCCGCCGCCCUCACCCUGAUGAUGCCCUACUUCAUGCUCAGUGAAAAAAGUCCUCUGCCGGUGGCCUUCGAACAUGUGGGCUGGGGUCCUGCCAAAUACGCUGUAGCUGUGGGCUCGCUGUGUGCCCUGUCCACCAGUCUGCUGGGUUCAAUGUUCCCAAUGCCUCGGGUUCUGUUUGCUAUGGCCAGAGACGGCCUGCUUUUCCACCCACUGACCAAAGUCACAUCCAAGGGAAGUCCUGCCAUAGCCACCAUAUCAUCUGGAACAGUGGCCGCCAUUAUGGCCCUGCUGUUUGACCUGGAAGCUUUAGUGGAAAUGAUGUCCAUCGGCACUCUGUUUGCUUACACACUUGUUGCUUUAUGCAUCCUUAUACUGAGGUACCAGGCAGGUCAAUCUGAAGACACAGAUCUGCAGAUCAGAGAAUCAAACAUCCGGUUUAGUUGUUUGAAUCCCCCGUCAUCUCCAAAUUCAAGCACCUCAAAAACUGUCACAAUAUUGACUGUAUUCUCUGUCGCCUGUAUAUCAGGUCUGUGUGUCCUCUUGACCCAAGCCCUGGAUGCCAUAUCACGUAAGGAGGCGUGGAGUCUGGUACUGGUCUGCAUUUUAGCCGUCAUCCUGGUGCUCAACACUGUUCUCAUUUGGAGGCAGCCACAAAAUCCCACCAGGGCAACGUUUAUGGUGCCUCUUCUUCCAGCGUUACCUAUAGUGAGUGCACUUAUCAACAUCUACCUGAUGGUUCAGUUAGGAGGAGACACGUGGAUACGAUACUCCGUCUGGAUGGCAGUGGGGUUAAUCAUUUAUUUCGCCUACGGGAUGCAACACAGUGUCCAGAAGAAGCGUCUCAUGCUUGGCCAGAUGACGAUUGAAACUGUCAGUGGAAUGACAGACAAGGAAGUGAUGAAAGAGGAGAAAUUCUAAGACAUUCUGGAGCGGAGAUAGAUUGAUAUGUUACAGUGAGUAACUGCUUUAAAUGUUUAACUACAGUUUUUCAUGCAUCGGUGCUGUCUCUGCAGUGUUUGCGUGAACAAUACAACAUGUUAACUUUUAUUCACAUUUUUUACAUGUCACUGGAGUUUUUACCAUUUUAAUAAAUAUAAAGAACAUGGACUAGUGAUGUUUCCUACAGUUGCGACUCUGAAAUCAUUACAUUAAAGGGGUCACACCUUAAUAAAAUGUUUUGUGUCCUUGCCCAUUUAUAGAUGACUUUUAAUCAUAUUUAUAUGCUAUUAAUGUCCUUGUCAGAGCCAAAAGUAUUCUUGUCAUGUAAAAAAAUCUCUCAACAUCUAUGUUUAAAAAAGAAAGGGCUUUUUCUUUUAUCACAGACAAAUAACUGGUUUACACUUUUGAUAUUAAUUGUAAAGUGUAGGAAUGUGUUAUUAUAUUCCUGUUUAUACUAAUUACCAAUAUAAACAUAAUUUUUGUACAUUUUAAACAUAUGGUAGAUACUGUGAAAUUUAAGCGCAUUACAUUGUGUAUUUUGUGGAAUAGUGUAUAUUUUGGUCCAAAUAUUGAAAUUAUUUGAAUUAAAUGUUGAUUCUUCAGAAAUGUAAAUAUUGAUCCUGUACAUGUUUAGUCUGAUGUAAAUGUGUUUCUUAAUUAAAAGCAAAUAAUCCAGCACAAAAAUUAACUGCCAUCUGAA